AUGUCUACCUGUUGUUAUGAGCUGGAGGCGCUGAAUGUGGAUCCUGUUCUGUGCUCUCUGUUCUCCCCAACAAGCUCCAACACGCUGAGCCCCAAAAAGCUCCAACUCGCUAAGUCCCAACAAGCUCCAAAACACUCAGUCCAAACAGGCUCCAACACGCUCGACGCCAACAAGCUCCAACACGCUCAGCCCCAACAAGCUCCAACACGCUCAGCCCCAACAAGCUCCAACACGCUCAGCCCCAACAAGCUCCAACACACUCAGCCCCAACAAGCUCCAACACGCUCAACUCCAACAAGCUCUAACACACUCAGCCCCAACAAGCUCCAACACACUCAACCCCAACAAGCUACAAGACGCUCAACCCCAACAAGCUCCAACACGCUCAACCCCAACAAGCUCCAACAUACUCAGCCCCAACAAGCUGCAACAUACUCAGCCCCAACAAGCUCCAACACACUCAACCCCAGCAAGCUACAUCACACUCAGCUCCAACAAGCUCCAUCACACUCAGCCCCAACAAGCUCCAACACGCCCAACCCAACAAGCUCCAACACGUUCAACCCUAGAUUGGCCACCAGUUCCAAAAGACAGGGAGCCAGUUUGCUCAAUCCAAGCAUGCUCAGCCCGUACACGCUCAGCCCGAACACGCCCCACCAUGCAGUAACAUUCAUUUUCGACAUGGACGAUGAUGAUGAUGAUGAUGAUGAUGAUGAUGAUGCAAAUAAACAUUGUUCCAAACUGUAUACAUAA